UAACUAAGCUACAAGCUAACACACACUAAACAGCACUUUUAGUCUAAAGCUUUUAAUUCACAGCCUUCACACCGCCCACUAAAACACACACACACACUGCCUCUACACUGGAAUACAGCGCUGUGUGUGGGGGUUUCUUCUCCAAGCUGAUUAGUAGUCGACCUGUUAGCGCGGAACUGCGGAGCAUUCUCUAUUAAACACUGACUGUAAUGUAGGCGCUGAUGGCGUCCUGCAGUGCUCCGACAGCUGAAGACGACUACCCAACCCUGCGACCACGACGCAUCCAGAACCAGAAUGUUGUCCAUCGCCUGGAGCGCCGGCGUAUCUGCUCGGGCCGCCCUGGAGCACACUGGUACAGAGUGCGGUGCUUCCAUCAGAACCUUUUCCCCAAUUUUACUGUGGUAAAUGUGGAGAAGCCUCCAUGCUUCCUGCGCAAGUUCUCUCCGGAUGGACGCUGCUUCAUUGCUUUCUCCUCAGACCAGACUUCCCUGGAGAUAUACGAGUACCAGGGAUGCCAGGCUGCUGAAGACCUUCUCCAGGGUCAAGAAGGAGAAACCUUGGCCAACGGAAACGACCAGCGCUCUCUAAACAUCCGCGGCCGACUCUUCGAGCGUUUUUUCUCUCUCCUACACGUCACUAACGUGGCCUCGAAUGGGGAACACCUGAACCGAGAGUGCAGCCUGUUUACGGACGACUGUCGUUACGUAAUAGUGGGAUCUGCGGCCUACCUGCCCGAGGAGCCGCACCCGCACUUCUUUGAGGUUUACAGAAACAAUGAGUCUGUGACUCCAAACCCACGUUCUCCUCUGGAGGAUUAUUCACUCCAUAUCAUAGACCUGCACACAGGACGCCUCUGUGACACUCGCACCUUCAAGUGUGACAAGAUCAUCCUGUCCCACAACCAGGGGCUCUACCUGUACAGGAACAUACUGGCUGUCCUGUCUGUUCAGCAGCAGACCAUCCAUGUGUUUCAGGUGACUCCAGAGGGAACCUUCCUGGACGUCCGAACCAUCGGCCGUUUCUGCUACGAGGAUGAUCUUCUGACCCUUUCAGCUGUGUACUCUGAGGCCCAGGCAGAGGGUCAGCCGGGUUUCUCACGGCUCUACAAGGAGAAAAGCAUCAACUCUCUGAAACACAGACUCCUGGUGUAUCUGUGGAGACGAGCAGAGCAGGACGGGAGUGCUACUGCCAAACGCCGGUUCUUCCAGUUCUUUGAUCAGUUGCGGCAGCUGAGAAUGUGGAAAAUGCAGCUUCUGGAUGAGCAUCACCUUUUCAUCAAGUACACCAGCGAGGAUGUGGUCACACUCAGGGUGACUGACCCCUCCCAGCCAUCAUUCUUCGUUGUGUACAACAUGGUCACCACUGAGGUGAUUGCAGUGUUUGAAAACACUUCAGACAUGCUGUUGGAGCUGUUUGAGAAUUUCUGUGACCUUUUCCGGAACGCUACGCUCCACAGCGAGGCUGUCCAGUUCCCCUGCUCCGCAUCCAGCAAUAACUUCGCCCGGCAGGUCCAGCGCAGGUUUAAAGACACUAUAGUAAAUGCGAAGUAUGGUGGUCACACAGAAGCGGUCCGGAGGCUGCUGGGUCAACUCCCCAUAAGUGCGCAGUCAUACAGCAGUAGCCCCUAUUUGGACCUCUCACUUUUCAGCUAUGAUGAUAAGUGGGUAUCUGUAAUGGAGCGCCCCAAAACCUGUGGAGACCAUCCAAUACGGUUCUAUGCGCGAGAUUCCGGCUUGCUGAAAUUUAAAAUUCAGGCUGGUCUGCUGGGCAGACCGAUAAACCAUGCUGUCCGGAGACUGGUUGCUUUCACAUUCCAUCCUUUUGAGCCUUUUGCGAUUUCUGUGCAGCGCACAAACGCUGAAUAUGUCGUCAACUUCCAUAUGCGACACGGUUGUGUAUAAAACCAUGCAUGCUGUAUCUAAAUGGACUGUAUGUGUGUGUGCAUUUUGGACAUUUUUUUUUUCAGUUUUCAGCCCUCAAACAGUUUGUUUUCAGAGUGGAAAAGAACAGGUGGUUUUGGACUGUGAUGUGUGAAUUUCUCCAUACUCUUCGGCAAGGAGAUCGAGGUGCUUACUGGAUUUUAAAACAGGACUGUAAAGGCUGUGAGGAAUACAUCUUUACUUUUUUAUAAAUAAACUCUUUUAUACUAAAUCUUUAUUUAUUGCAGAUACAAUGAUGAUGUAUUAUAUUUCACUGUUUUAUGGAUUAUUUUAUGGUAAAUAAAGCACAUUAAGGAGUUUUACAUUUAAA